CCUGCGCAAAGGCGCGCGGAAGGCGAAUCCUGGUGACCUGGCGGAGUUUCUUGGCAAUUUCCCUUUCUGCUGUUAAGAUGUUACGCAUAGUGAGUUGGAAUAUCAACGGGAUCCGGAGCCCCCUGCAAAGAGUGAUAAACGAGGACCCCAACACUAGUACCACUAUGGCCUUGGAACGUACUUUGGACAAACUGAAUGCCGACAUUGUGUGUCUCCAGGAGACCAAAGUGACCAGAGAUGUACUGACAGAGCCUUUGGCUAUCAUUGAGGGUUAUAACUCCUACUUCAGCUUUUGUCGUAACCGCAGUGGCUAUUCUGGUGUAGCCACCUUCUGUAAGGAUAGCACUACCCCAGUGGCUGCUGAAGAAGGCCUGAGUGGUCUGCUUGCCACUCAGAAUGGGGAUGUGGGUUGCUAUGGAGAUAUGGAUGAGUUCACUGAAGAGGAGCUUCGGGCUCUCGAUAAUGAGGGUCGGGCCCUCCUUACACAGCACAAGAUCCGCACACAGGAAGGCAAGGAGAAAACUUUGACCUUAAUUAAUGUAUACUGCCCCCAUGUGGACCCUGGGAAGCCGGAACGUUUAGCCUUUAAGAUGCACUUUUAUCGCUUACUGCAGAUUCGAGCAGAAGCCCUCCUGGCAGCUGGCAGCCAUGUGAUCAUUCUCGGUGAUCUGAAUACAGCCCACCGCCCUAUUGACCACUGGGAUUCAGUAAACUUGGAAUGCUUUGAAGAAGACCCAGGGCGAAAAUGGAUGGAUGGCUUGCUUAGUACCCCAGACAGUCAGGCUGAAUCUCAUGUAGGGCCUUUCAUUGAUAGCUACCGUUGCUUCCAGCCAAAGCAAAAGGGGGCCUUUACCUGCUGGUCAGUAGUCACUGGUGCCCGCUAUCUGAACUAUGGUUCCCGACUUGAUUAUGUAAUUGGGGACAAAAGCCUGGUCAUAGACAGCUUCCAGGCCUCCUUUUUGAUGCCUGAAAUAAUGGGCUCUGAUCAUUGCCCUGUGGGUGCAGUCCUGAAUGUGUCAUCUGUGCCUGCAAAACAAUGUCCACCUCUGUGUACCCGCUUCCUUCCUGAGUUUUCAGGGACUCAGCUCAAGAUCUUUCACUUCCUGGUUCAUCAGAAACAAGAUCCUGCAAUCAAACAGUCAACACUACAGCUCAGCAAGCAAAGUCAGCCACCAUCUCACCAGAAUAAAGCCCGUUUACACUCAACCAGGCCUCGACCAGCUCAAGUUGGCUCCAACAGAGGCCAAAGAAACCUGAAGAGCUAUUUCCAACCCUCUCCAAACUUGGAAUGUCCUAGCUUCAAUGCACUCGUGACUCCAGAGAUGCCUGGAGAGGUGUUGGUGAAAGUGAUGAAGGGGCAGGUCAAGACUUCAGAUUCAAAGGCCAAAGAUGAGAAAGAAGUACAGACCUCAUUUUGGAAGUCUGUGCUAGGAGGACCCUUGCCUAUACCGCUCUGCAAGGGUCAUAGGGAGCCAUGUGUACUGCGAACUGUAAAGAAGCCAGGACCCAACCUGGGUCGCCAUUUCUACAUGUGUGCCAGGCCCCAAGGUCAUCCCAGUGACCCUUCAUCCCGCUGCAACUUCUUCCUCUGGAGCAGGCCCAGCUGAACACAUCUAGGCCUAGGAAUGUCUGGUAUGAUCAAUGCUGAACAUGAACUGGUCAGCUUCUUUCUAAGAUGCUUCCUCUUCCCCUUCCAUUUUCCUCAACGAUUAUUCCCUUUUCUCUUCUUCCUCUAGCGCUUCUCUUCCUCUCUUCUUCCUGCCAUAUCUCCUUCUUGGUGAAUUCUUAUGUCUUAACGCUACGACACAAACCCUUAUCCCACUUUCUUUUUUUUUUUUAAAUUCCUUAUUGGGGGAUUAAUGGUUUAUAGUCAACAGUAAAAUACAAUAGUUUGCAUAUGCAUAAUAUUUCUCGGUUUUCCACAUAACAAUUCAACUCCCGCUAGGUCCUCCUCUGCCAUAAUGUUCCAGGACCUGAACCCCCCACCUCUCACCCCACAGUCUUUUAUUUUGGUACAAUGCACCAACAUUAAUCUAUUUUCUAUCUUAUUAUCAUAAGUACAUAGUUACCCUAGACUUGUGAUUUUAAACUCUUUCCUUCUUUGUUGGAAAAUAUAUUUGUGCCUAAAUAAAAUUUGUCUUUAUUUUAAUUCA